UGUGAUUAGAUGUGGUGAUAGUUGGUGUUAGUCCGAUGCUCAAUCUCCAAAUAACAGAUGUCAAUUAAUAAAAAUUGUUGAAAAACCGAGGAUUGUAGUGAGCAACAAGUGAUUUAGUGAUUAAAAUAGAAGUAAAUGUCAUUGUUGUGUGAAAAUUCUAUUGUUUAUUAACAAGUGGUUAAUUGUUCUUUUGUUCAUUCGCCCCAGCGAGGACUCGUGUAUCCUUUGCAUUUAUCUAUUGCAUUUAUUAUUGAACUUUUCAAUUGCAUUUAUUUACUGAAUUUUUUUAAUCGGAGUUGAAAAAUGCAGCGACAGCAUCGUCAUAGGAUUGAUCUCUGUCAGGAUAUUCUCGUCCAGAAAGUUGAUAUUGUGAGGCUCUUCCCCAAAUUGUUGGAGCAUAAAAUAUUUUAUCCGAAUGACGUCAACAUCCCGAGGUGGCAGGCAAAUAUUGAAGCCGUCAGCACGAUAACCGAUAUAAUUACGACCAUAAAAACGAGGGGACCAUCUGCAUUUGAAAAUUUAAUCAGGAGCCUGAGGGAAAUUGAGCAACCUCAUUUAGCGAAAAUCCUAUUAGCCCCAAAUCUCGAGACUGCCUCGAAUAAUAACACCAAUAAUGUUCGUAAUAUAUCCCAGAGUCUUCCACAGGAUGUCCCAGGAUGUGUCCCAUCGAAUACUGAAUCGUGUAAUUUACAGAAUUUAGAUCACACAAUCCAUGACUGGAACGACGAAUUGGAACGUAACAGGCAUUCGCGUCUAGUAAUAAACGUGAGAAAAUCUACAGAAUUCCAAGAUAUGGGAGAUUCUACGAUCGGUAGAUAUCCCAUGCGAAGUAAACCCCGAGGAUUAGUUUUACUAAUAACACUCGUGAAUUAUCCCCAUUACACAAUGACCAAAGCAAAGAGAGCGGCAGCUGAAACGGAUCACAAGAAUUUGCAAGAAUUGUUCGAACAAAUGGGUUUCCAAGUGAUUCCCAAGUGGGAUUUAUCUGCCGGGGCCAUCAAGAGAGAAGUUUGCGCAUUUUCCCAAAUGCCUGAACACCGAAAAAUGGAUUCUUGUUUCGUUAUCGUAUGUGGCCAUGGCGACCAAUCAGCAAAGGGGGAAAGUGUUAUCAAGGGUACUGAUGAUACUGAAAACGACAAUCCUGAGCACCAUAUAUCUCAGGCGGAUAUCAUCAAUUAUUUUUCAGUGGAAAAUUGUCCAGGACUGUCUCGUAAACCCAAGAUUUUUAUCUUUCAAUGCUGCAGAGGAGAAUCUUCACAGUUAGCUGUAACAGAUCGCGGUGAAAAUACUGUAAGGUGCAACGAUAAGGUUAAAUCAGAUGUUAAAGAUACUCCAAGUUGCGAAGGAACUAGGAACAUCGCGGAUAUCUGUAUUGUCAAUGCAACAACGCCAGGUUAUGUCUCAUUCCGCGAUAGCCUUAGUGGAUCCUGGUUUGUUAAAAUGUUUUGUUUGGUAUUUAUGAAUAUGGCGUGUUCAUUUCACCUGCGAGAUUUACUUACUAAAAUUGACGAGUUAAUUGCACGGAUAAGAACUGAUGAGAACAGGUGUCAAACUACUUGUGUGACUGAACUUGGGUUCAAGCAUUUGUACAUAAAUCCUGGACUCUUUCCCGAGGACUCCUAGUCUUAAUUUAAUCAUCAUUAAUCACUAUUUACACGAUCACGUCGAGGUAUUUUACGUGUAAUUGUAACAGAUGAAUUCUGUUUUUUUCUAUUAUCGCUCAGUGGUGUUAUGCAUUCUAGAGAGAAUGUUAGUACAACAUUUUUGAUUUUUUACUCAUAAUUGUGUUCGCAAGAGUGAUUAAUUCUUCCUGGAAAUGCUAUCAAUGGAAAAUGGUGGCUCAAACAGUAUUUAUAUUUUUUCAAAUGGACUCGCCACUGUCGUAAACUGAAAUGGAAAGACUUGGUUCUUUCAACUAGGUGCAACGAAUAAAUAGACUAUUGUCGUCCUCUAUCCGGACCUGAGUACAUAAAAUCGCAGACCAAUUUUACUCAAAUUAAAUGUAUGUUAGUGUAUUAAAGGAAAAUUGUUUUUAUAUAUUUAUACAUUGAUGAGAAAAAUAAACGAAUAGUAUUUUAAUCAGUUGUUUGUCUAUUAAACUGUAAAGAUAUUUAUUUAAGGGAAAAUUCAUUCUACUGCAAGAGCAUCAAGAAAUGGGAGGUGAAUUUAUAAAAGACAAACAAAAUUUUCAUAGUACUGAAAACCUUAAAACCAAUUUAUUCCAAAUUCGAUGGUAGUGCCACUGAUAUUCAAUUUUCAUGCAUUCACCUUUCAUUUUAUUAAUUGGAUGUGUCUACACAGUAUUCCGGAGGGCUGAUGGGACUGGCGAUGUAUCAAAUGAACAAUUGCAUCCUAACGAGACAAUUGUAGAGUAA